AUGUGGGCUAGAUUCGGUCUGCCAAGACAGAUAGUGAGUGACAACGGUCCGCCAUUUACUAGUCAGGAAUUUCAGUUAUUUCUUAAGGAUAACGGUAAAGAACACAUAUUUUCAGCACCCUAUCACCCGGCUUCGAAUGGCGCAGCUGAGAAUGCGGUUAGAAUGUGCAAGCGGGUUAUAAAAAAGGCACUGGUACAGGGUGUGAAUAUCGAUAUCGCGCUUAAUAGGUUUCUACUCGUAUAUCGUAACACCGAACACUGUACUACCGGUGUGAGCCCCACGAAAUUAUUACAAGGUCGUUCACUGCGCACACGCCUCGACUGUCUGAAGCCGGAGCUGGGGCCCCGCGUGCGGCGCGAGCAGGCGCGGCAGGCGCGCGCCGCGGGCGGCAGUCGCCGGCAGUUCGCGCCGGGAGACCGCGUAUGGUACCGCGAUUAUCGUAACUCGGUUGUAAAAUGGUUAAAAGGAGAAGUACACUCACUAAAACGGACUAUAAUAUUCUAG